AUGGGCUCCAAUCCACCCUCCGGCUGGCGCCGCCUCAGCAUCGGCAUCAUCGGCGGCGGCAUCGGCGGCAUGUCCGCCGCCAUCGCCCUCCGCCGCGCCGGCCACGACGUGACCGUCUACGAGAAGCACGACUUCGCCGGCGAGGUGGGCGCCUCCGUGUCGUGCGCCGCCAACGGCACGCGCUGGCUGCACGAAUGGGGCGUCGACGUGGCCAAGGGGGAUCCCGUCGUGCUCAAGAAGCUCAUCAACCGCGACUGGAAGACGGGCGAGCCGGUCAGCGUGUACGACUUGGACGACUACGAGGAGCGGUGGGGGUUUGUGUACAACAUGUUUCAUCGGCAGUAUAUGCAUGCCAUGCUGAAGGAUUGUGCGCUGGGCGAGGAGGGCAAGGGGCGGCCUGCGAAGUUGAGGGUUAACCAUCAGUGCCAAAGCAUUGACUCGAACACUGGCAAAAUCACCUUCACCAACGGCGUCACAGCCCAGCACGACCUCGUCGUCGGUGCAGACGGCAUCGGCUCCGUCGUCCGCCGCGAAAUCGGCAUCCAUCCGGCCAAGCGGCCCUCGGAACAGAGCUGCCUGCACGCAAACGUCACCACGGAAGAGGCCGUCAAGCUGGGCCUCGUCGACUACUCGCAGCACAGCGCGCUCGAAUACUGGGGCGGACAGGAGGGCAAGUGGGACAAGAUUGUCCUGUCGCCGUGCAAUGGCGGCAAGCUGCUGUCGUACUACUGCUUCUUCCCGCGGUCGGUGGGAGAUUACUCUUCGCAUACUUGGGGCAAUGAUGAUAGGCCUGUGGAGGAGCUGCUGGCGCCGUAUCCGGACCUGGAUGCGCAGGUGCUGGCGCAUCUGAAAAUUGGAAAGGAGAUUCGGCCGUGGCGGCUGUGGGUGCAUGAUCCGUAUCCUUAUAUUCACAAGGGCGUGGUCUGUCUGUUGGGUGAUGCUGGUCACCCGAUGAUGCCACAUCAAAGCCAAGGCGCGUGCAUGGCCAUCGAAGACGCCGCCGCUCUGGGCAUCCUCUUCAGCGAAAACUACUUUAGCGGAGAUAUCAGCGAAGCACUGGCGGUGUAUGACGCCGUCCGGCUUCCGCGAGUGACGAGGGUGCAGUCUGCCGCGGCCAAGGCGGCUUACAACAUUAACGAGAGGAUUGGCUUCUCGCAAAACAAGGAUAUCCCGACGUAUCAGGUCGAGGAUGAGAAGAAGAAGCUGACGAUUGAAGAGAUGAAUGCGUACGACAUGUAUAAAGAUAUUGAGCAAGCUCUGGCUGAGAGGCGUGGAGCUGCGUUCCGAGAAAAAUACAUCCGGGGGCUGCCGGUUGGACUGGAGCUGCCGAGUGGGAUCAUAAUUGGACAGGAGGCAUAG